AUGGGCGUUCAUUUAAAUUGUGGUGUAUAUAUCGAGGAAUUGUCAUCAGCGUGUGGUCCUGUGCACCGCACUAUCAAGCACGACAAAGCACGUGUCUCUUUGGUGAAGUCCGAUAACUCUGAGCUAAUUAUUCGCAUUAAACCAACCAAUGGGUCAAGCAAAAGUCUCGGGUAUAAGGUUUCAGAUCCCAAGUUUUUCACGAGGUUUAUGCGCGAGGGCAAAUCAACUGUUUUCUCAAGGGCGGAUCCCGUGAACAUUAUGCUCAGAAAUUGCCCGCCUGAUGCACUCCAGCUGUUUCUUUACAACGUGAAAGUAUUGUGGAAUCAGUUAAAGAAUCUUAAAUCCAGGCGUUCUUCUGUAUUUAAAAGGGAUACCUCCCUUUCCUUACUCGAUGAAGUAUUGCCCGUGCGGAAUGAGCCUGCAUCCGAAAGCGUGACCAUGCCCAAGGCAAAUUCAUUUCCUGGGCCAGAAUUGUCUCCCAUUCGUACGAAAAGACCACACUUGGGACUGACACAUACUGGGGCCGGCGUAUGUAGUUCAACUCCUGUUCGCAAUGCAACACAAAAUAAGAAGUCGACAGUGCGGAUUGUUCCUCUUUCACUCGGCGUUGAUAUGGACAAGACGUUUUCCCAUGUGCUACUAGAUUGGCAAGGUAAAAAUGCUUUGGAAAAUGGGACGAUGGAACAAGCUCGUGUCAUUGAAUCGGUAAAGAAGGGCGCCAAUGUUUUUUGCACCGGGGGAGCAGGCACUGGCAAGUCGUAUUUACUCAGAAAGUUGGCUGGAAUAUUACCACCUUCUGAAACAGCAGUAAUAGCCAGCACUGGCCUGGCUGCCAGUCUUAUUGGUGGUAUCACAGUUCAUGCCUUCUCGGGCGUUGGUCAAAUGCUGGAUCUGGCGGAUUUAGAAGACUUGUCUCCUUCCUGGCUUGAAUCGGUGACAAAGCGUGUCGUUUCCAAUCCACGUACUACCGCGCGGUGGAGAGAUGUGCAUCGAAUCAUUAUUGAUGAGGUGUCCAUGAUAAGUAGUCGCGUAUUUACUCGAUUCGAAGCCAUAGCCCGUAUCGCACUCGGGAAAUAUGAUGAGAAAGUGCCAUUCGGUGGAAUUCAAAUAAUUGCAUUUGGUGACUUCUUCCAACUCCCACCGGUGCUUCCAUCGGCUGUAGCGCAUAUGAUUAAGAAGAAAUUUGCCUUUCAAUCGUUGGUUUGGCGAGCCUGUCGGUUUCAAUGCUUCGAACUGCAGACUUCUUGGCGGCAAUCUGGUGAUAUCAAAUUUUUUCACCUCCUUAACGAGGUACGUGAGGGAAGUUCUCCGCAGUGGGUUCUGGAUGCGUUGCGAUCUCGUGUUCAUAAACAAGCUGAUGAGCGAAACAAAUCUCCCCUACUGACAACUCGCCUUUGUACCCAUCGUCGCGAUACCGACAGGUUUAAUGAACAGUUGCUGAAAAGUCUCCCAGGAGCUGUGAGGGUGUUCGAAAAGAAGGACAUAGGACCUAGAAGUUUGAUCGCGGAAUCAUUUUCAGCCAUUCCUGAUAAGAUUAGGCUCAAGGUCGGCGCUCAGGUGAUGCUCCUGCGUAAUUUGGACGUGUCACGGGGACUGGUGAACGGCGUGCGGGGUGUGGUGGAGAGCUUCACGCCUUCCUCUGAGGGCGGCUUCCCCUUGGUGCGUUUCUUCGUGCCCCCCGCGGUAGCAUCUCCCGCCUCUGAGAUGAGCGUGGUUGUUCAACCGGAGCGUUGGACUGCUAAUUUUGGUUGCGGUGCCACUGGCAAGGAGGUACAGGUUACCCGACUCCAACUUCCACUUUGCUUGGCAUGGGCUAUCUCCAUCCACCGAAGCCAAGGUAUCACUCUGGACAGUGUGGAGGUGGACUUGUCUAGGGUUUUCGAGCAUGGUCAGGCAUAUGUGGCGCUUUCGCGAUGUCGCAGAUUUGGGGGACUGCAUCUCCUUAGUUGGCAAAACAAUUUCAUUCGGGUGGACCGCAGAGUAACCGAAUUCUACCACCGGAUCCGCGAACAAUCAAACACAAACUUAAACUGA